UUGAAGACCCCGCUUAAAAAGUUCACUCUUUCUUCCUCUACUCAUCAUUCUCACACACGACGUAAGGGUUUCAUUUGACUACAGUUUUUGAUUCAUGGACCCUGAUGUUCUUGAAAUUCCUCCUCCAAUUUUCAAACACCCUCGUAGGUUCAAAAAACAGAAACAGUCCAUCAUCUAUGAUGUGAUUGACAUUGUCGACGACAAUGAGAAUGACGAUGAUGAUUUGAUGAUACUUGGUGAAAUAACUCCUAAGCAUAGCAAGGGGAAGGCAGCUGAAGCCCUUCGCGAGGGUUAUGGCGAUAAUCAUCAAGUUGCGCGUGGCGUGGAAAAAAGUGGAAAAGUUAGUGGGAUUGGGUCUUCUAGUGGUCAUGAUCGCCGUGGUUCUCAUCGAUCAUUUGACAAUGGUGACUACCUUGGUUUGAGUUCAGAUGAAUAUAUAGAUGUAGACGAGUAUGCCUUAUUACAGGGAGCGGGCAGUAGCGGUUCAUUCCAUUCAAAUUUUGUUGGACAUGACGGAUCAUUGCAUCCUUCUGGAGUAGAAUCGGGAUACCUUUGGUCGAAUAGUUCUUAUAGCUUCAAUGCCACUCCUAAGCAUGUGUGUGGUUCUACUAGUGCUCUCAAAUCUGCAAGAGAUGUACAUAAUGGAGCAGCUGUUGCUCUCCCACAAUUGACAAUAAUUGAUGAAGCUGAAAAUGAAACUCUGAGGAAACUUCGAAGUUUUAAGCAAUUUGAUACUGUCAUUGACACUUCGGAUCAUCACUUUAUUAAUCAUUAUUCCUCCACAAAGCAGAAUCCAAAGAGUUGGGCUAAACAAAUCCAGGAAGAGUGGAAGAUUUUGGAGAAGCAUUUGCCGGAUACAAUAUUUGUGAGAGUCUACGAAUCAAGGAUGGAUCUUAUGAGGGCUGUGAUUAUUGGAGCAGAAGGGACUCCUUACCACAAUGGUCUUUUCUUUUUUGAUAUUUUCUUUCCCAGUGGCUAUCCUAAUGUACCCCCGAACGUCCAUUACCACUCUGGAGGUCUUCGGCUCAACCCUAAUUUGUAUAACUGCGGCAAAGUAUGUCUCAGUCUACUUAACACCUGGUCUGGCACCACGAAGGAGAGAUGGACUAAAGGUGUUUCAACAAUGCUACAAGUUCUAGUCUCCAUACAAGGGCUAAUCUUGAACACAAUGCCUUACUACAACGAACCUGGAUAUGAAUCUUUGAGGGGUACACCAAACGGUGAAACGCAGGCCCGACAGUAUAAUCAAAAUACAUUCAUUCUAUCGUUGAGGACAAUGAUGUAUACAAUAAGAAAGCCUCCAAAGAAUUUUGAAGAUUUAGUUGCCGGGCAUUUCUACAGCCGAGCGCAUGAUAUUCUGGCGUCAUGCAAAGCAUACGAAAAAGGUGUUCAAGUUGGUUGUUUGGUCAAAGGUGGGGUUCGAGAUGUUGAUGGGAGUAACGGAAAAAACUGCCCAGCUAAAUUUAAGUCUGGUUUAGUUGAAUGUGUGCCUUCUCUCAUCAAAGAGUUCGAAAAUGUUGGAGUUAAGGACUGUGAGAAAUUCACGUCUCAGGUACGACGCAGUACCACCAGCAGAAAGUGAUUUUGCAUAACUACAUAUGAGUGUGAUCAUAGAACAUUCUUUUUCAAGACUCAAUGGUGAGACUGAUGAUACUAAAGGCUUAUUACAUCAACAUCAUGUUGGUUUUUGUUUUUCUUUUUCUUUUAUCAUCUCUUGUUUCUUGCUCUAAAAGAAAAGCAAGUAAAUCAAGUUUUUAUUUUUCAUUUUAGUUUGUAAUUACACAAAUCUGAUGUUAAUUUUUACUUUAAUUCGUUCUUUUUUAUUACAAAGUUAUACAGUCACCACUGUUAGCCA